AUUUAUUGUAAAAUGAAAAUACGUGGUUUCCAAAUAGUGCUAGUCCUUCUGCUCCCUGCUCUACUACGAGCGGCAUUUAUCACAGGGAGUACUACUAUUGAUACUGUUUCUUAUACAAAAUAUAUUGCAAGGUUCGCAGUAAACCAAGAUAGCAUCCUUGACGUUAAACUUCGAACUAGAUUCCAACAGAAUUAUAACCAAAAUUAUGUAAAUGUGAAGUUGCUUCUUAUGAAUGAUGCUGAGUGGGAUAUGGCUUUGGAAUCAGACCUUUGUGCCGACAGAGAAAAACUAGCUAGGUUUAAUAUAAACAUUAGGAUGCAAUCCAAUGGGCAAUGGAGCCAGUGGGGGAAAAGCAAAGUUAGAAUUAUUAAUAGACCUCAAGUAUGGUACAUGCUCCUAGCCGAUUGAGACAGAGAGACUAACACAGAAGGGAUAAAUAUGAAAACAAUAGAUUUUGAACUAGAAAUGACCAAUGAUGAGUCUCACUUUUCGCAUGAGUACUGGGGUGUUCUCCCAACUAAUGUCUUCGCGCUUCUUGUUUUUAGUUAUCUGUUAGGAAAAACUGGGCUAAAAUUAUAUAAUGAGAUUAAGAAACAAGAAGAGUACCAAUCUCCUCUGAUGCCUUUGCUUGUUGCUCUUGUCUUAGAGUUUCUUCAGUUGAUUCUCUGAGUGAUGCAUCUGAUUUGAUACUCGUAUGAUGGAAGAGGAAUCUGGCUUUUUGAUUAUUUUCAGACAAUAUUUUCUAUACUGGCUCAAAUCACACUAAUUUCAUUAAUGAUUAUGAUUUCACAGGGUUGGACUCUUGUGUUUGGAGACUUAGCAGAGAAAAACUAUUUCAAAACUGAGCUUAUCAUAAACUUUGGAGUUCAUAUUUUUAUUGGUCUGUUAACAGUCAUUGAUAAUGGCGAAGCUCAUAAGUAUCAUGAUUUUGAAGGAUUUCAAGGUCUUUUGUUGAUCCUACUUAGACUUGGUAUUUAUGGAUAUUUUCUCUACAAUGUCAAAGAGAUUAUGAGAAAUAUCCCAAGGAAGAAUCUAAAGUUCAUGAAGGGAUUCAUCAUUUCAGCAUCCAUAUACAUGCUUUCAUUCCCAGCUUUUUGGAUUUGUUCAUAUCUUUUAAAUCCACAUAGAAGGCUCAAGUUUAUUCACUUUGGAAAUCUUUUUAUGCAGAUGAUUUCAAUCCUGAUAUUAGUCAACCAGAUCACAAAGAAGGAGAGUACUUAUAAUAAGGCUUCUAUGAGGUCCCAAGGGAUCUUGCCAAAUACAAAAGCUUUAUAAUAGAUCCGAAGUAGUGGUGCAAAAGUUUGAUUCAAAUAUUAC